GCGAAGAUACAACACUCUGUUUAUACUAACUGAGCGAACAAGGAAUGAGUAGAGGAAUAUUCAUUUUAAAUUGUUUCAUUAAAGAAGCUUUCAUGGUCGACACUUCUGUUUAAAUGGUGAGAAUGGAUGCUUAGCGAGUCUGUUAACGAGUGUUCAUAGGAGUUUUAACUGAAGAAACAAACAGCGUGGGCUCCGCGCGCUCGGUUGCUAUUCUGCGGUUGCCAGGAUACAGUCGUGAAGCUUGAUGAAUUGGUGAAAUCUGAUUGGCCGGGACGCUGCUAAGCAACUCAACGAGACCGUUUUUUUAUUUCUCUAAUAUAGUGCCGAAUAUGAAAAAACUUGCUAAGUUUGGUUGUUAUUGUGCUGCAGACACUCCGUUCCGCAAACAAGCGAUUACCGCGGACAACGCUUUCUAAACAGACUGGAUACUGAAAUACCAAAUAAACCGAACAAGGAGGUGGAAGUAUGGAAACCGUCAGGAAUGACAACUUGACAGAAAGUGGUUACUUGCCUUAUAUGGAAAUGAAGUCAAGCUUUGGUCAAAGUGCAGAGGAAGCUGAGCGUCGCGGCAAAACCACAUCACAAUCCAAACAGAAUAAAGAUGAAGGAUACGGUUUAAGUUUACAGCUGGGAGAGGAGUAUGAGAGAAAAAAACAAAAGCUGAGGGAAGAGCUUCAUCUGGAUUACCAGCGCUAUGUGUCUGAGAAACAAAAUGUCAAAACCGACGAGCCAGUCUCUCAACCCCAAACACUGUCUCUUCCUUUAAGAGAGAGAAGAUCUACUAAAGACAAGCUGCAAGAUGGGAGGGUCGAGAAUUACAGUCCUUUACUCCGAGGAGACGAGGAAAUACAGAAGAUAAAGAAAACUUCAAAGACUCCACAGCCUCGUAGAAAAGAUCAUUUAGUCUCCACAACUCCAUAUCAUCCAUCGUUUUCUCCAAAACCACAAGGACGGAGGAGUCCAGAAAGGACUCACCAUUCCACAAGGAACAACCCAUCUGAACCUGCACCCAACGCUGCCCUGACACCAUCGCGAAGAGGUUUUGAGGACUCUUCCAAACGCUGGAGGUCCAGACGGGAGCGCUACACCUCUGACGAGGAGCUGACCUCGGAUGAGGAGGAAGAAGAAGAAGAACUCAAGCUCCUGCAAAAGAAGGGGUCCAAGCAUCGACCUGAGCCUGCGCUAGCUGGCAGGAGACACAGAAAACUCCAACACAAAGCUGAUGGGUUUACUCAGGAGACGAGAGAAGUGGACGUUCGUACUGUUGAUGAAGAGGAGCAUCAAGAGGAGAACAGACGGACUCCACUGCCACUGAUUAAAGCCAAUCUACUAGCACCAGCGCAAACCAGAGCUGCCAACAAGAGGAACAUGACAGAGUUUGCUACAGGACUUAUGAUUGGGGCUGCUGAAGCAGAGGAAGCAAUUCAGAGAAGGAAGGAGCUCUAUAGACAGGAGCUGCUGGAGCAAAUAGCGGAACAACGCAAAAAUAAGAGAAAGGAAAGAGAGCUUGAAUUGAGAGUUGCUGCUACAGGAGCUAUUGACCCAGAGAAAGAGCACCCCCUGAAGCAGCCUGACAGGAUUAAGCAGUUUGGUGCUGUACGGAGGGAGCAUGAGGGCAGAAGACGGGAUGUGCCCUACAAGCCUGGAAUGGGACUGGAUACCUCCAGGCCGAAUCUAGACAAAAGAACGCAAGAUGUAGAGAGAGAGCCGCCUGAGAGACCACGUGUGGCUUUCCAGUCUCCUGUUCUGGAAUACAGCGCUGCUCUGGGGCAGCUGGGUAACACAACAAGCACUGGGGUCGGGAACAGUGGCAUCGCAGCCUUCAGCGAGAACUUUCACAAAGACCUCUCGGGAGCUAUUGGAGAAAUGGUUGUCCCCAGAGUUGCAAGAGUUCCCCCUCCGCGAGCACCCGCCCUCUCUGAGGCCUACAGCACUCCGUACGAUGACGCCUACUAUUUCUAUGGAGCCAGGAAUCCCCUAGAUCCUAGUCUGACAUACUAUGAACCUUCAGCAGUUCAGCGAUCACCAAAUCUUCCAGCCAGAACACUUGCAUCUGUCCAUCAGCCACCUGCCGGAGGCUUUACGCAGCCAUCAUUACAGCAUGCCAUUUCUUCCUCUGGAAUUGGAGCAUAUCCUUCUAACAGACGCCACAUUCCCAAAGAGCAUGUUGAAAGCUACAGGGAUGCACUUAAACAACAGAUUGAAGAGAGACAGGAAAGGAGGAGACGGGAUAGGGUGGAGAAGGAACGGUACGAGGCUAAACUGGAGGCAGAGAUGAAGGCCUAUGAGCCGUGGGGAAGAGGAGGAGCUGGGGCGCCACUUAGAGAUGACAGAGGAAACCUCAUCAGUGAUCUAAAGCGUAUGCAUAAGACUAACGAGGAGGCAUACAUAAACCCGGAAUCACAUAACAGACGAGCCAUAGCGUCACUGGAUUGGACUGGAGCUACCCCAAGACCAGAGGAUAAGGAUUCUUCCUUACAGAGAGUAUCAGAAGAAAAAGUUUCCUCCUUCGCUCAGCCCUCGCCGUACGCACGGGGAAAUGUUUUUAAUGAUCUCCCAACACCGCAGCAGCUCCGUGAGCAGGAGAAAUACAAGGAAAGUCUGAAACAGCAGAUAGAGGAGAAGCGAAGGUUGGAGGCAGAGAGGAGAGAGCGGCUGAGACUGGAGGAGGAGAUCGAGGAGAAGAGGCUGGCUGAAGAGAGGGCGCAAAUGCAGAGGCAGUUUGAGGAGGAGCAGGAAAGGGAAAAGCGCAAGGAAAUGGAGCAAAACUCCAGAAACCAGGAGUUGAUUCGUCAAGCUGAUGAGCGGCGCAGAGAAGCUGAAAAAAAGAGGAAGGAGGAAGAAGAGAAGGCAAAUGAUGCACUGAAGCAGCAGUAUGAGCAGGAAAGGAAAGCCCGGCUCGAGCAGGAAUUCAGAACACGUUCUCCACCUAUCCCCACAAUACAAAAGAGACUGGGCAUCCAGAUUUCUCCCAGACCACCUUCAGGCGACAGCCAACGAUCAGCUACAGCUUCCUCUGUACGGUCUAUUCCCACUCCCCCGUCACCACCUGUUCCUGCACGGAUGAACCAGAUCAGAGCAGCAGAAGACCAGCAGGAUGUAAUCCGGGAGCUGUCGGUUCUGCGUAGGCACCUCAGAAGUGAGCAAAAGCGGCUUAAAGGGCAGCUACUACAGUCAGACAGAGAGGAUUCACAAACUCCCUUAAAAAACAGAGAGCGACUUCAACUGAACCCCUUUGACAUGGCCAGACUGCGGAUGCAGGUGCCCACUUCCAACAUCAGACCACCGAACAAGAAGACCAUGCAGGAGUUUAACCAGCUCAAGUACAGAGACAGCGAGUCUCGUGAAGAAAUAAGGCAGGUGUAUCCUGAACCACCCACUGAUGAUUCCAGCCUGGAGAUCCAGCAGCAGGCUCUGCUCCGAGAGCAACAGCGGAGACUCAACAACAUGCAAAGAGCCAGAGCCGUCGAUUACUUUGACCUGUCGUCUCCCAUGAAGCCUGCUCCUCGUCGGAGGGAUAGCAGUGUGGAAGAGCCUGAGAGAAACACGCUAUUAGAGUCUGAGAGUGCUUUUAUUGAUGCUAACGGUUACUCCUUCAUGAUAACACCGCACCCUGAUCGAGUCUCAGCUAGAGAGAGAAGACGGCGAGGCAGGAGGACAGACUUCUCAGAUGGUGGGGAGACCCCCAGCGGAGAAAAGGUCGGCUAUUCUCUCGGUGGAUCAGCAAGCAGCUUCCAGCUGGAUCGAGUGCGGGAGCUGAACCAGCGCAGGAUGAGAAUGUUGGAUGACAUGAGUGAAAAGGACCGGAGAUCAGGAGGAAUAUCUGCUGAGGAAGAGGAUGACCUUUGGCAGCAGACUCCAUCUCCAGCCCCUGCCCGCCGAGUUUCCACAACAACAGUCGCCACAGAGGCCUGGCUCCGACCCGGCACCACCGAGACGCUGAAGAAGCUGAUGGCCGGUCGCAGGCCGUCCAGCCGAAACCUGCUGAGAGACGAAUGGGACGCGCCAUCCGCUUACCACGGCUAGCACACGUUCACCACCUCUUUAAAACCAAAAAGAGGUGCCAGGAAUUUGUCACAUGAUUUGUUUGUCGUGAAACAGCGGCACAGGCUACACGGGUCUGAAGCUACAGAUAAAGAGGAGCAGGACGUCACUAGCGUGUGUGUGUGUUCAGGCUGCACCUGCCUCAUGCUACACUGAUCCUCUGGUACAGAUUAAAGUAGAUGAUUAACAUGGCUUUAUAGACGGUGGCCCAAAACUCUGUAUAUUCGGCAUUGUGUAUGUAUAAUGUGAUUGUAAGAUAAUGAAUGUUGCAGUAUUUUAAAUUCUGAAAUAAAUUAUUUUUGGAUCCA